UACUGACUGCAGACAUGAGUGAUCAAAACAAAUUGGGAACUUUGACACGAUUGCAGUUAUCACAGGCGUAAGACUAGACUAAAAUGUACAUCCACCUCAUUUCCCAACAAAAGAUGACCCGCACUAUUUGUUUUUUCUGGGCGAAACAUCACUUUUUCUGUAGAGACAAUGGUAAUGGUAGUCAUUAUAUACUGGAGCCAAAGUACUGGUAGUCUUUCUGUACAUCACUUUUUCUGUAGAGACAACUUUGGCUCCACUUAUUUCAUCUCAAUCCAUCUCUCCAAUAGCGGCAGUCCUGCAGAACAAAGAAGAAUUCCCACUGUUAGAGCAUUUGCGAACCGUUUCCAUCAUUUAACAGAUUUUGUUUCAAGGAUGUCUUCAAGUUGCAAUAGGCAUUCCAAUGCUCCAAACAAUAAUUGUAAUGAGUGCAAAGGAAAAGAAAUCGUGGAUCUUGUUCGAAAGAUUGAAGAAUCAUAUAACUCCAUAAGUCAUAUGAAAGGUGAAAAUAUUGAGGAUUUGAAUGUAAAUGAAUUGACGGAAUUAGAGCAUAAGAUUGAAGCAGGAAUACAACGUAUUAAAUCAGAAAAGGAUCUUCGUUUGAAUGAACAAAAGAAGACAAUAAAAAAGGAAUAAGGAAAAUCUGAAGGGUAGUUAAUCAAAGACAAUGUACAUAGUCUAUUUAAUUGAAUAAAUAUUUCCUUGUGUAAUAGAAAUGGUGAUGUUGAAACUCAUGAACUCAAUAUCCAAAUUAGUCACCAUUCUCAAUUCCCUAUGUGAUUAGACUUGUAAAUGUGUCUUCUCUUGAGUGUUCUAUAAUUAUAUAUAUUCGUACAUUUUUCUUCAUAUA